GGCUCGGGGAGGUCCCGGGGGAGGAUGGAGCAGUGAGCGGGUCUGGGCGGCUGCCGGCAGCGCCAUGGAGACGGUGCAGCUGAGGAACCCGCCGCGCCGGCAGCUGAAAAAGUUGGAUGAAGAUAGUUUAACUAAACAACCAGAAGAAGUGUUUGAUGUCUUAGAGAAACUUGGAGAAGGGUCCUAUGGCAGUGUAUACAAAGCUAUUCACAAAGAGACCGGUCAGAUUGUCGCGAUUAAGCAAGUUCCUGUGGAAUCAGAUCUGCAGGAGAUAAUCAAAGAAAUCUCUAUAAUGCAGCAAUGUGACAGCCCUCAUGUAGUCAAAUAUUAUGGCAGUUAUUUUAAGAAUACAGACUUGUGGAUUGUUAUGGAGUACUGCGGGGCUGGUUCUGUGUCUGAUAUCAUUCGAUUACGAAAUAAAACGUUAACAGAAGAUGAGAUAGCUACAAUAUUACAAUCAACGCUUAAGGGAUUGGAAUACCUUCAUUUUAUGAGGAAAAUACACCGAGAUAUCAAGGCAGGAAAUAUUUUGCUAAAUACGGAAGGACAUGCAAAACUAGCAGAUUUUGGGGUAGCAGGUCAACUUACAGAUACCAUGGCCAAAAGGAACACAGUGAUAGGAACACCAUUUUGGAUGGCUCCAGAAGUGAUUCAGGAAAUCGGAUACAACUGUGUGGCAGACAUCUGGUCAUUGGGAAUAACUGCCAUAGAAAUGGCUGAGGGAAAGCCGCCAUAUGCCGAUAUCCACCCAAUGAGGGCGAUCUUCAUGAUUCCCACCAACCCUCCCCCCACAUUUCGAAAGCCAGAACUAUGGUCCGAUAACUUCAUGGAUUUUGUGAAGCAGUGUCUUGUAAAGAGCCCUGAGCAGAGAGCCACAGCCACUCAACUCCUACAGCACCCAUUUGUCAAGAGUGCCAAGGGAGUGUCCAUACUGCGUGACUUAAUUAACGAGGCCAUGGAUGUGAAGCUGAAACGCCAGGAAGCCCAGCAGCGGGAGGUGGACCAGGAUGACGAGGAGAAUUCUGAGGAGGAUGAGAUGGACUCCGGCACGAUGGUUCGAGCAGCAGGUGAUGAGAUGGGCACCGUCCGGGUAGCCAGCGCCGUGAGUGAUGGAGCCAGCACUAUGAUCGAGCACGGGGACACGUUGCCGUCACAGCUGGGCACCAUGGUGAUCAACGCAGAGGAUGAGGAAGAGGAAGGGACCAUGAAAAGAAGGGAAGAAACCAUGCAGCCUGCCAAACCAUCUUUCCUUGAAUACUUUGAACAAAAAGAAAAGGAAAAUCAGAUCAACAGCUUCGGCCAGAGUGUACCUGGUCCCCUGAGGAACUCCUCAGAUUGGAAAGUGCCACAGGAUGGAGACUAUGAGUUUAAAACCAGCCAAGAACAGCAGUCUGAAAAAGUAUGCAUCCAGCAUUGCCAGGGAAACCUGCUGUUUAGAUAUGCUUUUUGAGAAAGCACAUGCUUAAGAGUUGGACAGUGGAGGACCUUCAGAAGAGGCUCCUGGCCCUUGACCCCAUGAUGGAGCAAGAGAUUGAAGAGAUCCGGCAGAAGUACCAGUCCAAGAGGCAGCCGAUCCUGGACGCCAUCGAGGCUAAGAAGCGGCGGCAACAAAACUUCUGAGGGAGGCCUGGAGCGCCCGCCCGCACACCAGCCGUGGGUGAACUCGGGCUGCUCGCCGCUCGGACUUGGUAGCCGACACCCCUGCCCCGUCAUUUCUCCACAGCACCUUCACCUUCGUGAGCUCAGGAAGUGCGCCAGUGGGAAGGGCUGCCUGCCAUCAGCGUGCCACCUUGUGUAUGUAUUUCAGUUGGUCAGUUAUAUUAUUUCAAAGGAUUCAUAUCGGCGCUUUUAAACUCAGAGUUUUAAACCCCAGGAACAGAAACUCCAGGAUGAGUGAUAGCUGGGAAAGUGUUACAUGUUGUCUUGUCUUUCUUCUCCCAAUAGCUUUCGAUUGUUCUUUCUGGAAGACUUUUUAAAAAUAUAUAAAUAUGCACAUAUAUAUAAAUUAUAACGGGAUUCCCCACUGCGUGUGGUGGCAUCUCUGUACAGGUA